AUGACCGAUGCCCAGAGGCAGACACAGAGGUUCGUGUACGCGCCUUCGCCGGUUCACUACAGCAACGUCGCGCUGGUCGACCCGACGGACAACAAGCCGACUAGAAUUGGGUUCAAGUUUUUGGAGGACGGGCAAAAAGUGCGCGUUUCAAAGCGUACGGGGGCGAUUAUUCCGAAGCCGCCGGUGGAGUUGAAGAACGAGGCCAAAAGGACCCUGAACGCGAAAGACACUGAGCCCGAGUACGCCCUGUUAAAGACGUUUGAUGAGAGGACGCUGAAUCCUUUAUUGCUGGCGUCGCAGAGGCAUCGUGAGUGGCAGCUGCCCAAUCCCUUUGUUUUUUCUGGCCAAGGCGCGGAAAAGCAGGACAGGGAGGAGAAGGAUUAA